CUUUAUAGUUUAUAUCAAAAUGGACGCUUCCAACCUGCCGAUGGUUCCUGCGACCGGGAUGGCGCUUCAUCACAUGCUGUCUGAUCUUCAGGGGAAGUGUGAAACCUAUAAAUCAAAUUACAACGUUCUCAAGAUAGAACAUUCCAGUUUGCAGGAUGAGCUAUUGCAUAUUCAGGGGGAAGUCAAACGUCUCCAUGGCCAGCAGGAUAAGCUCCAAUUACAGUUGGCUGAGCGAUCAAGAGAACUUCUCAAUCAACAAAGGGAAAUGGAGGAGCUUCGGCUGCAGGUGAUGACUCCAAAACGUCUGGAGUUGCUCAGAACUCAAGUGCAGCAGGAGUUAGAAGCUCCAGUCCGACAGCGUUUCAACAAAUUGGAAGAGGAGACCGAAAAGUAUCGCUCCGAAUUCAACAAGCUCCGCUACGCCUUCACUGUGCUCAAUUCUCAAUUUGAACACCAAAAGGAGGAACACGUCGGUGGACUGGAAGGCCAGAAGAUGCGUUAUGAGGUGGAGAUUGCUCAUCUGAAGAAAGAGAAGGAAAAUCUGGCGGCGCAGUUCAAGAACGUAGAUCCGCUGUACGAAAGGAAGCAAGUGGAGUUUCUGCUCAAGGAGAAAACGCAGCUCACCAUGUUGCUGAAAGGUCUACAGGCGGAGGUGGAUGAGCUGCAAGCGAAGAAGGACAACUCGGACCAGCAGGUGGAAUCCAUCCAGCUUUCUCAGAACAGACAACUUACCGAGUCUCAGGCCAUGGUGAAGUCGCUGGAGUCAGAGCGCCAGUGCAUGGCGAUGCGACUGGAGCGCAUGGAGAGCGAACUUCAUCUCAGCCUGGAGCAGAACAACCAGCUCACCAGACAACUGCAUAAAAUUAAAAGAGAAGUGAACUCACUCACCUGCCAGAUUGAAAGCCUGAAGCUGUCACACAAAACCGAGUUGGACAACGCCAAACUGGAAUUCAACCGCUCCAAAGGCGAGGUGGAGAGGGAGUGUGAUUCGCUGAGAGCCCAGAAGGAAAGUAAAUUGACUUUUCUUUUAGCUUUUCAUGCUCAUAGAAGGACAUUUAUUUCAGAUACUAGUGGCCAAUGUUGUUUGAAUUGUGUGUCUUCAGGUCUGCAAAUAGAGGUGGUGGAUUUAAAGGAAAUGCUGGAGAGACACAAUGAGCUUCUUGUCUCGAAAGAAAUGGAGAUGAUCAGAAAGGUGAAGUCUGUCUGUGAUGAGGAGAUGUACAAGACGACUGCCUUGCUGGAGGAAAAGCUGGAGUUGGAGCAACGUGCGUUGGAGUUUGAACAGCAGAAGACGAUGCAGGAGAUGAACAUGCAAACCCAGAAAGACGAAUGGGAGGACCACCUUCAGAUGGCCCAUAAGAGAGAAGAGUCGGUCCGGAAAGAGCUUCAAAGCCUCAGAGCUAAAUUAAAACAGCAAAGUGCUCCUCUGGAGGAGCUGGAGAGACACAAAGCAGAAGUGAUUGACCUCAAGGAGAAAAACCAGGAACUCUACUCCCACCUGGGGGCGCUGUCAUGGUCUGAAGCGGAGCUGAUGGAAGCAAAUGAUCGUCUGAGGGAAAAAGUGGACAUCAUGCGGGAGGAGAACAUCCGUCGCGGGGCAGACAGGCUGGUGGAGGACAGAAAGGAGCGAGAAGCCAAGCUGGAAGAUAAAUACACCCAGCUGAAAGACAAACUGCAGAGAGCAGCGUCUGCCGAGAAGAAGCGGCGAGACCUGGAGGAAAAAAAAGAGCAGAGCUUGCAUAGUACAAUCCAAAUGCUGAGGGAGCAAAUAGAUGAACUCAAACAGGAUGGUACUUCAGCCAACAAAAGGUUGAUGGACUAUCAGCAGCGGCACAACGAAUUCCGACGCCUUCUGAUGUGUAGCAACGGUUCUUUCAGCGUCGGCACGGCCCAAAUCUCCUCGCCCACCCGCCCUGCCCUCUUCCUCGGGUCUGAGAUGAUGCUUUCCAAUGUGCAACAAGAGGAGGAGGAGCAGAGAGAAAUGGCCCGACUUCGUCAGAGAGUAGAUGAUCUGGAAAAACUCCAGCACCAGCAAAUGGAAGAACUUGGAUGUAUAGAACAAAAGGAGGACAAGGCUUCUCUAUGAUGAUGGUCUUCAAUUUCCCCCAAGUGAGUAAAUAAUGCCUGACAACGAGAUUAAGAAUUUAAAAGUCACACUAAAAAUUUUUACCAUCGCGUAUGAUCCACAAGAGGGCGCUAUUGCAUUUCGUUUCGCCGCCAAGCAUAAGCCUCACAAACAAUACAUUUCCCAUCAUCCUCUAGUUUGUAGUUUUAAAAUGCGCUAGCUAGUUGUCUAAAAAGCUAGCAAACCGAGUAUGAGACAACUUUGAG